AUGAUCACCUAUAUCCAUAUGCACAUGCGUGUUGGAUUUAUCUAUCUAUUAAAGACUGCUCAUUAUCUAUCUAUCUAUCUAUCUAUCUAUCUAUCUAUCUAUCUAUCUAUCUAUCUAUUAAAGACUGCUCAUUAUCUAUCUACUGCUCAUUAUCUAUCUAUCUAUCUAUCUAUCUAUCUAUUUCAAGUUGAUCUAUCUAUUUCUCCAAGACUCGUUUUCUUCAUUCUUUGUUUUCUUUCAAUCUUUUUUCUUUGCAAAUUCUAUAGCAUAUUCCCCUUUUAUACUUCCCGCUUUUUAUUUUCUUCCUUUCUUUCUAUUCACUCUUUUUUUUGCUCUUUUCUUCCCAACUUUUUCGUCAUUCUUUCUUGUUUCUUUCCCUCCCUCUUUGGCCUUCCUUCAAUUUAUCUAAAAUUUAUUUAUUUUUUUCUUCUUCAAAUUAAUUCUGUUCUGUCUCGUUUAUUUUUAUUUUUUUUUCCGUUCAUUUUCUCUGCCCUUUCUUCUCCGGUUCUACUUUUCAAUUCCCUUUGCCGUUCACAUCAAACGUCAAACGAUUACUUUCCAUGGCGAUGGGGUAGUAUAAAAUACACGGACGGAUUUUAA